UGUGCCGGGAUGGUUUGUUUAACUUGCUCUCUCUGUCUCUCUCAGGGCCCAUGCCUCGCCCCAGUCCCCGUCGCUGGCUCGGGAAGGCUGGACAGAACUACAGAUGUCGCCGGGCUCGCUGGGCGUGCAGUCCACAGGAGAGAUGGGAGAAGACGAUAUUACGGUCAAAAGUGAUAACGCAAGCACCCAAAAUGCCCUCAAAGGAUCUGCUGUGACAAAGGGCUGCAGCCGGUUCUUACCUAAAGGCACCAAGGCGAAAGUCAACCUUGAGGAUCAAGGGCGGCAGAAGGUUUCUUUCACCUUCAAUGUCACAAAGACUUUACGGAAUAGAUUCCAGAGUGCCAUAGGGGCUGAACAAGAUGAGGUCAAAAUUCCCCCUCUGGCGUUGACUUUGAGCUCUGGCAGAGGAAGCCAAGACAGUAAGAGUGACUCUGACUCUGCAGGGGCAACGGAGCCGUCUAGCUCGCCCCCCAAGGCCAAGGUGGAGUGGAACAAGAUGCACUUCAAAAAGAAGCACCUCAACGAUGCAGCCAAACCUGACAAGACGUUGGACAGACAGCCUUCCAGUUCGCUGUGUGAGGCAGUGGUGGAGGUGGCGGUUAAGAAAGACAUCUGUAAUUCUUCAGGGGAAACUGAGCCUGAGGCGCAGAUCAUUGCUGAGCCUCAACCACAGUCGGAUCAAAAUUCCGGGACAUCCCACAUUGGGAAAGAUGAUACUGCGGAGGAGUUCAAGAUCGUGUCUCCUGAGAGCGAUAAUCUUAGGAAGUCCUCUCAGUCAGAGGGAGUAGCGCCAGGUCAUUUAGCUGGUUCAGAAUCUGAGGCAGAUUUGCUCCGGACGUCGCCCGCUCGCAAAUCGCAGGAACCUGAUCGCGAUGUUAAGAAAAACGCAUCACUUUCCAAACCAGAGGAGGUGGAAAAGGUUUCCUCUCACUCAAAGUCGGACCGAGAUAAGAGGAGCGCCGGUCAUUCCAAAUCUGAUCGAGAUUCAAGGAGGAUUUCAUCACGCUCAAAGUAUGAUCGAGAGGAGAGGAUCAGUUCGUCGCGCUCACGCUCUGAUAGAGACUUAAGGACCUCGUCCUAUUCCAAGUCAGACCGGUCAAGAGCUUCUUAUUAUCGUGACAAGGACCGAGGGUACCGCAGAUCCUCGCCUUACUCUGAGAGAAGCAAGUCGUCCCGUUCCAAACUGGCCACAGAUUUAAGAGAAGGAUCCUCAUUUUCAGAUUCUGAGGAUGAAUCUAGGCGGUAUCAUUCCAAAUCACAUGAUUUAAGAAGGACAUCAAUGCAUUCUAAAUCCUACAGGGAUUCAAGGAAAUAUCAGUCAAAGCUGGACAGAGAGUUGAGGGCAACCUCGUCCUGCUCUGAAUCAGAAAGGGAGACAAGAAGGACUAAACCUCAGUCUAAAUCAGGCAAACUAUCCAGAACUCGUUCUUAUGAAUCCGAAAUUGUGAAAAUGAAUUCUCCUGAGCCAGACUUGGAUUCUCGGAAAAGUUCAAAGUCUGAUGGUUAUUCGAAGGUAACUUCAUCUCAUUCAAAGUCAGGUUCCUGUUGUGAAUCCGAAAUAAUUCAAACCAAUUCCCCUGAGCCAGAUUUAGAAUCUGGGAAAAGUUCUAAGUCUGACAGUUACUCAAGGAUAACACCAAUUCAUCCCAAGUUGGUCACCUCUUGUGAAACGCAUAUAAAUGUAAAGAGCUCAGCUCCGCCGGUUCUGGAGUACAGGAAAAGUUACCGGCAUGACAGUAAUUCAAGGACAGCUCCGUCUCAUUCUCAGGCUUGUGAAAUAGAGGCCGUUAGUACAGAUUCUCCAGAAUUAGAUUCUAACAGAAAUGACAAGCCGGACAGUAAUUUUAGGACAGCUUUGCCUCAUUGCAAGUCAUCUACUUCUUUUGUAACUGAAGUCAUCAAGAAGGAGUCCCCAGAAUCGGAAUUAGACUCUGGCAGGAGUGAUAAGUGUGACACAAAUUUGCCGACCCCACCACCUGAUCCCAGGCCAGACACUUUUAGUGAAAUGGAAGCAGUUGACAUUGACUCCUCUGAUCGCGAGUUAGAAUUGCGGAAAGAUUCUCUGCACAGUAACUCAGUGAGAACGGCAACUCACUGCAAGGCCUUCUCAUCUCCUCAAGAGGAGGCAGUUAGAAUGGACUGUUCUGAAUCUGAUUCGAAGAGAAGUGCCAAAAGAAACAUCAGUUUGGUGACGCCUGAAUCUCCCUCCACAUCCCCUGCUGGCUAUGAAAUAGAUGUAGUCCAAACAGACUCAACAGAAUCCAAGUUGGAUUCAUUAAAAAGUAUUCAAUCUGACAUGAAUUUGAGGACAAUUCAAUCCAGAUCAAAGUCGCCCAUCUGCUGUGGCAUGGACUUAGUUAGAGUGGCCCCUCCUGAAGCAGAUUCGGAAUCCUGGGAAAGGUGCAAGUUGGACAGUAUUUCAGUGAUCGCUUCUUCUAAUUCUGAGCCCCAGGAGAUGAGGAUCUCAGCCCCUCACACACCGGGAAUGGUUUUGCGGGGAGGACCCUUGGGGCUGGAAUCGGAAGAAGAAUUCAGAGAGCCUCCCGAGUCGGCAGCAAUGCCGAUUGUUACCACCUCAGAGGAAUGUUGUUUUUCCUUUCAUCACAAGAUGGACAGGAGUGUCAGUACCUCCUCGUGUUCCACGCCAGACAGAUUGAGACACUUCUGCCAUUCCAACGUCGAGGUUCAAAUCUCAGGGGAUUCGCCAAGUUCAAAGCUGGGCGUUGUGAUGAAGAGUUCAGCCUGCUCCGGAUCGGGCGAGGACUUGACCUUUUCGCCUCAUUGCAAACUGGAUUUGAAGACAUCACCUCAUUCCUUGCUAAGUGAGGUGCCGUCUUCAGCUCGUCUCAUGUUCAGCGAUUUGAAACCCUCGGCUCAUUCCAACCCCCGUGAGAGAGAGUCGUCAUCCCUCCCCAUGCUGGUGGAGAGCAGAACUUCACACAUGGUGACAGAAGAGGAGUUUUCACCAUGUCCUGAAGUGAAGGAGUCUAUGCCCAUACCGGGUGGUGCACAAUUCACUUCAACUAACUCUAAACUUUCCACAUGGCUCACAAAGCACAUCGAUGGGCACUCAGUUGAUGCUCGGCAUCCACAUAAUCAAAGGGAACGACGCGCAAGUACCAGUGAAGGAGACAAAGCUUCUGUGGCAGAAUCUGCGGGAGCUAGUUAUGAGGUGGUUGAUGUAAGUAGCUUUAAUCACUGCAGCAGUAAGUUACAUGUGGUGCCUGCUGAUCAGAACUGGGAUUCGUUAGACAAAGAGAGGUUGUACACUGACUCCAUGAUCUCGGAGGGCAAGCAGCUCUCUAAUGUGGAGAUGGAAAGUCCAGCUUACUCGAUGGAAAAUGAAGAGACGCCUUUUUCCACCAGACCGGACAGUUCGGUUAAAGUGGAACUUGAGGAGGAUAUGGAACUUUCUGACAUUGAGGAUGAGCAGGAGAGUGAGAUAGUGACGGAGGCGGCAGAGCCGUUGAGUACUACUAAAUUUGCAGACUCAGAGGACGCGGAAUGCAGUUUACCUAAUUACCAAACCAAGUCUAACUGUGAUAGCAGUUGCAUGAAGGCUGAGUACAACAGCAUUAGCUCGGAUAAUGAAAACUAUUUGGAAGAUGCAAAAAGUAAUAGUGAUGAGGAUAGUGAAGAGAGCAACACGAGUACAGAUUCUGAGGACGACCGUGGAAUUCCCAGGAAUCGCUUGCAAUCUGUUGUUGUCGUUCCCAAGAAUUCAUCAUUAACAAUGGAAGAGAAGAGCCCCUCAGCGUCCUCAUCGUCCUCUCCCCGACGUGGGAGAGGUGACAAGAAACGUCCAAAGGCCGAGGAAGGUGGCAGGUGUGAAGUGAAAGAGACACCUGCCAGUGAACGUCAGGCCAGCAGUUUUCAGACGGAACGCAUACCUCUGGAGAGCAGCGAUAACCAAAACCGCAGUGGGGCUCUGCCAACCCCGGAAAGCCACCCUCACACGUCUUCUGGUAAUCUUACACCGGUGAGGGAGAGCCACGAUGGUGUCAAGCAAGAGCUGCUCACUGACACUGCAGACAGCACCAGUCAGCCUGAGAACUUCUCAUCAGACAGGAACCAACUCGCUGUCUCACAAGAGAAAUCAGACUCCACAGAGGCUCCUGUGGACAAGUAUCAGUGGCUGUCCGGUCACACGGCCAGCCAUCCAGCAGCACAGAGCAGUACACAGCAUCUGUACAGGGUCGAGAGAGACCCGAGAGAAACACCAGACAGCAGACAGAUGGACAAGUGGUCACAACAGCACAGCCAAGAGCGCCCGUAUUUUCACAGCUCGGAAUAUGUGGAUAGCUUUGACUGGGAAUUUGCUCAGCCAGAGAAGCCAAGCAGUAGUUGUCAGCAACCAGACAGCAGUUAUGGGCUAUACAAGAGACAUAGCUCCAGAACAGAGGAAACUGAUACAGGGGAUGGAUGUGGUUACUGUCACAAUAAUGCAGCCAGCUCCUGGGAUCCCAAGGACAUCUCUGAACCCACAUUGGGCAAAUUUAGCAAUUAUCGUUUGGGUCAAGUUGUGUCUGGCUCAGAUGUUCAAGGGCAGGUCCAGCCAGACUCGAUGACCGAUUACUUUGAGAGUAGGGAGGCUGUAAACCACGGCGGCUCAAGAUCUGGCUCAAAAGGUGUGAGCUCUCUGCAAGCUCAUGAGAUCACCAGCAACUCCAGCAAAGGGACCACCUUGUUGCUUAAAGCUAGCGAUUCCACUAUAAACAAAGACCCAAGAACCAAAAGCUUGGAUAAACGGCCUGACAGUGAGCCCCAGAAACAGCAGCCAGAACCUGGGGUGGACACUGAUUCCGAGAGUGAUGCUGAGCCAAGAGAGUGUGAGCAAGUUACUGAGCCCGACCCUGAACCCGAACCUGAGCCCGAACCCGAUGCCUCCGAGCUUUACAGAGAGUGGGUUGCUCUGGUGUGUAAAAUGGAGGAGUUCAGAUGCUCCCAGUGGUGGAAGGAUCAAUCCAAGUCGGGGGUAAUGCCUCCUUACUUUGAGUUGAUUGACGAGAACCUGUACUUGACAGAGAGGAAGAAGAGUAAAUCGCACCGUGAUAUCAAACGCAUGCAGUGCGAGUGCAUGCUUUCCAAGGAGGAUCGAGAGCGCGGGGUGCUUGCGUGCGGGGAGGACUGUCUGAACAGGUUGCUCAUGAUCGAGUGCUCCUCCAGGUGUCUGCACGGAGAGUUCUGCACAAACCGCCGGUUCCAGAGGCGGCAGUAUGCCGACGUGGAAGUCAUUCUAACUGAGAGGAAGGGCUGGGGCCUGCGAGCAGCCAAAGAGCUGCCAGUGAAUUGCUUUGUGCUGGAGUACUGUGGCGAGGUGCUGGAUCACAGGGAGUUCAAAGCCAGAGUGAAGGAGUACGCUCGCAACAAGAACAUUCACUAUUACUUCAUGGCACUGAAGAACGACGAGAUCAUUGAUGCCACUUUGAAAGGAAACUGUUCGCGUUUCAUGAACCACAGCUGUGAACCGAACUGUGAGACUCAGAAGUGGACGGUGAAUGGGCAGCUGAGAGUGGGCUUUUUCACCACCAAGGCCGUGCCACCUGGCACAGAGCUGACCUUCGACUAUCAGUUUCAGAGAUACGGGAAGGAGGCACAGAAAUGUUUCUGUGGAUCAGCAAACUGCCGGGGCUUCCUCGGGGGUGAAAACCGGGUCAGCAUUCGGGCCGCAGGAGGCAAGGUCAAGCUGAAAGAUAAAGAACGGUCCCGCAAGAAAGAUUCUGUGGACGAGGAGCUGGAGGCCCUGCUGGAGAACGGGAAGGGCCUGUCCGAUCCCAACCAGGUGCUCAGCCUGACCAGGCUGAUGGUGCGGAUAGAGACCAUGGAACAGAAGCUGACCUGCCUCCAGAUCAUACAGGACACGCAUUCUCAGGCUUGCCUCAAGUCCUUCCUGGAGUACCAUGGGCUGUCCCUCCUGUGGAUCUGGAUGACUGAGCUCGGAGAUGGCCGGGGAAACUCGAGCAACAAUAUCAAACUGCAGACGCAGAUGAUGAAGACGCUGGAGAUCUUGCCCAUCUCCACCAAGAACAUGCUGGAGGAGAGCAAGCUGCUGCCUAUCGUCCAACGCUGGGCCCAGCCCAAGGCCUCCGCCCCGCAGCCCAGCGAGGCCGACGGAUACUCCAGCGAGAACACGUCGCGGGCACAGACCCCCCUGAACACACAGGAGGCCGGGCCGAAGCCUGGGGCUGAGCCUGAGGGAGACACCCCGAGGAAGCUGGUGAUGCGCAGGCUGAAGAUCAUCAGUGAGAACAGCAUGGACAGUGCCCUGUCUGACACUAGCAAGGCCUCGGAUGGGGAAAUCGAGGCCAAGGAGGGGAAGGAGGACACGGAGCCCUCACAAGGUCCGGCUCCCACUGAGGAUGAGCAGCCAAUAGCACUGGGGGCUGGGGAAGGUCAGGCUGAGCUGGGGGCCGGGGAGGGCAAUACUGGGGAGAGGGCUAUGGAGGGGACCGGGGGAUCCCAGGCUGUGGAAGGGGCUGCAGAGGGCCAGGCUGGGGAGGUGGUUGAGGGAGCCCAGACUGGAGAAGGGGUUGGAGAGGCCAAGGCAGGGCCGGGAGCUGGAGAGACCAAGGUGGGGUUGGGGGCUGGGGGCAGCCAAGCAGAGCUGGGGGCCAGUGGGAGCCAGCCGGACAGCCGUGAAGCUCUUGAGCAGGAGAGUCUCCCAAAGACCAGCAAUGGCCCCAAGUUGGAGGAGUCGGUGCUGACGGGAACGCCAUCUCAGGACGAGGAGGAGGGAUUGUCGGACGCGGAGAGUGAGCGCAGCCACGAGCAGCACUGCAAAAUGGAGGACGUGAGCGACCUGGCCACAAAGCUGCUGGAGAACUGGAAAGACUUGAAGGAAGUUUACCGGAUCCCGAAGAAAGACCGGAGCCAAGCGGAGCGCGACAGUACUGAGCGUGGGCGAGACGGUUCCUCACAGAAGGACCUUUCUCAGACACCGAAGACUCCAUCGAGCUCGAGCAAAGAGAAGGACACAGACAAGCCUGCACUCAGUAAGGAUAGGAAGAAACGCAAGCAGACGGCAUCCCCUCCCCCCUCCGCGUACGAGAGGGAGGGACUCAAGAGACUGUCGGCCGACGAGAGGCAAGUGCUGGGCAGGUAUGACACGACCACACCAUCCAAGAAGAAGAAAACCCGGAGCAAGCUCACCACGGAGGAGCGACGCAAGCUGUUUGAGCAGGAGGUGGCCCAGAGGGAAGCCCAGAAACAUGGGCUGUACAUCCAACAGCAGCCCAUGUGCGGGAGCUCACAGGUGCCUUAUGACACUGCAGCCUACACCAACUCUCACCUGAACUUUGUCAGCUAUCCGCCGGGAUACCCUUUACAAGCCUACGUGGACCCCGUGAACCCCAAUGCGGGCAAAGUGCUUCUGCCCACCCCCAACGUGGAGCUGGUGUGCCAGGCACUCAGCUAUGAUCAACAGCUGCUGGCGGAACCCAUGCCCGCGGGGCAGCACGCUGUGCCCACUGUACAGCAUCUCUCACCUCAGGUGGACAUUCAGACACAGCAGUACCUCACCCCGGCCCCCAGCGUCCUUCCCCAGGACCCCAGCCUGGCCGUGCUGCAGGUCACAGCAACUCAAGCCCCGGCACAGAACUAUACCCUGUGGGACCCCAACCAGCAGGCACUAGCCGUGCACCAGCAGUACUCCAGCGGCCAGCCACAAGCAUCCAUCUAUUACCAGGGGCAGCCUUGUCAGCCCGUCUACAGCAUAUCCUCAUCGUACGGCCAGACCUCUCAGCCCAUCGUCCAGACUUACGCCCAGUCGAGUCCCGAGUACACACAGGGACAGCAGGCUUUCAUUGUGCAGCCGUCAGCAGGAGUGCUCGUCACAUCUCCAGCCCCGGCCUACCAGCCAACAGGGCAACCCCAGGCUGUCCAGCAGCAGGAGCUGAUGGUUGUGAGCAGCCUUCUGGAUUUGCCGCCUCCUUCACCCCCCAAAGCAAAGUCCAUCGUCCUCCCCUCCAACUGGAAAACUGCUCGAGACCCCGAGGGAAAGAUCUACUACUAUCACGUUGUCACCAGACAAACACAGUGGGACCCCCCGCUGUGGGAAGGGGGCAACGACGACACAAGCAUGGGCCACGAGGCGGAGAUGGACCUGGGGACCCCCACUUACGACGAGAAUCCAGCCAAGGACCCGAUGCUGGCUGAUCUACACGGACUAGAUGGCAGCGCGGACGGUACACCCAAUGCUUACAGCCUGUCUUCUAAGAAAAAGGCCAAGACUGCAGAGGCAGACACAUCCAGCGAGCUGGCCAAGAGGAGUAAAGAGCUGUUCAGGAAGGAGAUCUCCCAGUUCAUUGUUCUGUGUCUGAACCCCUACCGCAAGCCUGACUGUAAAAUCGGCAGAAUCGUGGCGACAGAAGACUUCAAACAUCUGGCCCGAAAGUUGACUCAUGGAGUCAUGAACAAGGAACUCAAACAGUGUAAGAACCCAGAGGACCUGGAGUGCAAUGAGAAUGUCAAGCACAAAACCAAGGAAUACAUCAAAAAGUACAUGCAAAAGUUCGGAGCCACCUACAAACCGAAAGAGGAGCCCGACAUGGAAUAAGCUGCCCUCCCACACCUGACUGGCCCUAUUUAGUUGCUUCUCAAUGCCCUUAGUUAUGUGUAUUAUAUUGUUUUAACGCAUAUGUGAAUAUAUUGAGGAAGCAAAGAGGAAAACCACUUUUGGCUCAUGAGGAGGGACGAAGCCUUUUGCCGGUUCAGCGGGAGGUUUGUGUGUUCCCGUGUGGGCUCCCUCUCUCCCCUCUCCACACCCCAUUACUGUGUAAAUAUUAUAGGGUUGGUUAGAUAGCAGCCUGUCCUGCCUGUACACACCGCUGGCAGUUCCCACAGCGCUGGCACUGAUCGUUACUUCUUAACAAAAAAUCAAUUUACUGUAUUAAAUUUUUACGGACUUUUUUUAAUGUAAAAAAAAUUAAAAUGGAGGUUUUCCCCCCUCCCUCACACUCCUCCCGCUUACGGUUUAAAUGUGAGCAAAGGUGCUGACCGGAGCUGUGUGACCCCCUCCCCUGUGUGAGCAUGUGUGUGUGCGCGUGGGUGCGUGCGUGUGAGAGAGAAAGUAAACGAACCAUGUUGUAAAACGAUCUGUGAACAGAUACCAACUAAGGUACCGUUUCUGACCAGCGUGUCCUUGUUCUCACCCACCAGAGACGUGGAGCGAGAGUUUGUGUGUCUCUAGUUUUUAAUGGAAGCAGUUUCUUGUGUGUGUGUUGGGGGGGUGGGGGGGGAAUAUCGGCAGUAUUUUAAUGGCAGUUUUCAUAUGGGGACAGACUGUGGAUGUGAUUGAGCAGAGUGUGUACCAGGGGUGGUGGGGGGGGAAACCACUAUUAACUUGUUAAAUCCCAGCCUUGGGAGUAUGUACAGAGACGAAGCAAAUCAGUUUCCCUUCGGUUUGUACACAGAGCAGAUAUUAAACAUUGUUUUGGUUA